UUUCCCCUACAGGAGUUCUUUCGAAUCGGGUCACGACAGACUAAAGCUGUUUCUUCUUUUAUUCCUUCAUCCAGAAUCCUGCAGUCUAAACCUCCAUUCCUGCCUUCACAUGACGGAGAAGUCCAGAACUGUCAACAGAUGGUAUGCAGCAUUUACUAAGGGCACUGAUUUCGACUCGUGGGGACAACUCGUCGAAGCUGCCGAAGCAUACUCGAGUCUUGCCAAAGAACUCAACAAGGGUACUAGUAUAGAAAAUCAGAUGUUCCAACAUGAGCAAAAGAAACUAAUGAUGAAGAUAGCAAUAUGUCUGGAUAUGAGAAGUAAAACACUCUUGUCUACACAGGAAUUUGCUGAAGUUCAUAUUUCUUAUGAAGACAUCAAGAAAGUUGGAGAAGUUCUAAGAAAUCUAAUGCUAGGAUGGAAUGAACCUUUUCCUGUUAGAGUUGAAGUACCGUCAAUAAUUGGUAAUGAUGGUGAAUCAAUAUUCAAUACCACGGAAUUUGUUUUAGCUGGUGAAAGUGGUACCCUUCUACCAAGAAUCCCUUAUGAAACAGGAUAUCAUAGACUUACUGUACGAAUAGAUAAAAUAGGACUCAAAGAUGCAGCAUCAUACAUCAAUACUUAUUUCAGUAUCCACGUCAGAGACAGCGACUCUGUUAGUGUCACAGCAUCACAAGACACUCCAGUCUCCAAUCGAAAAGAUGGGAACUACGUUCUCUUUGGUGUAGACGUAGAAUUGCAAAGACAUAUUGAAAGAUUACCGAAAGGUACUGCGAUAUUUUUCGAACUAAAGCAUUAUAAACCCAAGAAAAAUAUUAUAAGCACAAAGUGUUUCGCAUUUAUGGAACAAGACGAAAUACGAAAUGGUCCAGCGUGUAUAGAACUUUAUCAAAAGCCAACGGACUUUCGUCGAAAGAAAUUAAAUCUCCUAACUUCCAAACCUUUAUAUCUUCAUUUGACUCUAACAAUUCACGACGAAUAGAAGAUAAAUUUUCAUGUGAACUGGUUUGUACAUUCGACAGCAGCCAUGCUGACGUUGUUUUCUUGAUGGGGCUGCAGGAAUUGGAAGUUCCAAAUGAAGAUUCCAAGUAAAAUCACUGUAUUUUAAAGACACAAAAAGUAUAAAAUGCUUGACUUUAAAAGAAAUUUUAUAUUGCGGACUUGUGGAAAAUCGUCGACGAAAGUGGAGAACAAAACAAAGCUAUCGGAGUGAGAAGAACAUCCCCUUCCAAGACGAUUGGACGCCAAGAAGUCCUUCGGUGGAUAUUAUUGCAUGUUUAUUGCCUAAAACAUUUUGAAAAAACCUAGAACCAACAAUCUUAAAGGCUGCUUUUUAAUAAUCAAAGACAGAACAGUCUAUCAAUUUAUAUUAGAAAUUUAGAAGAAUCCCCUCGUUUUUAUUAUGGUUUUAGUCAUGUUUUAACUUAAUUAUAAUUAAGAGUACACGCCUUAUUAUCGGUGAAACAAUUGCUUGAGCUAUUCAUAAAAAAUUGUAUAAUAAGACAAUACGUCUCUGAGGAAGUUACUCUAAAAAUUGGUCAAAGAUAAUUUUAACUAUACAAUAUGCAUAUAUAUAUAUAUAUAUAUAUAUAAGAUAGAAAAAAUUGCCGGCAGAACUUUCUUAUUCUUGCAAAUCUUAGAGGAAUGAGAGGCGAUGUCAGUAUUUUAACGGAGAAAUUGAUUUUAACGGGAAAAUUGUAAUUGUUAGAUUAUCAUAUCAUAGGCGUUUUGUGCUAUUUUGUGCACUAUUUUUGGAGACACUAGAGAAAAACCCGAGUAACAUGAAAUGUUAACCAGGUAAGGUAGCACCUUCGUGAGUCUUGUGGGAAAUAGAGCAAAUUCGUAUUGCUGUUCUCGGUAAGUAUUAUCGUGCUGUGACCGUGACGGUGCGAGUAUUUUGGUGAAUUUCCACUCUGUGAAUAUUGGUUCGUGAAAUCUUUUCUAAAUAGCAAGAAAGUAGCUUGUGUAUGAAAGCAACUAUUUCACUCACUAAGGCAGCUGUUACACUUUUGCAUCUGAACCUAAAACUAACUUAAAUUUAUAGUUUCAAUUAUAUAUAACAAGAAUUUAUUAAAAAAUAAUAUCACAUGAA